CAGGAAUUGCGGUAGUGCAAAACAAGACGAUUUUGGUAGAUCGUGUGAGCGGGGUUGAAUAUUAUGUAGAUACCGUUCAUUCAGAUAUUGCAAAUAAAUGGAUGAAAUGUCGGUUUUGCAACGAAUCCCAUAAUUUUACACUUCCGGUUCAACCAACUGUUGAAGUUGACGAGGAAUUCCCCUUGUUCAAAGAACGCCAAUUGAACUCUUCACUGUCCACGAUAUCAUUUAUCAGAUAUUCUUAUUGUGACUCCUCCUGGGCCAAACUUGAAAUAUACAGCCCCUUUUCCUACAUUGAUCCCCGGUCAGCCGCACUAAAUUCAAUUUUGUUCCACUCCUUGAAACGUGUGUUGAAUCGAGUGUUGAUUUCUGACCCGGAAAUCACUUUAAAUUCGAUGGUGCAGAAUAAAAAUUGGAUCGGGGUAUCGUAUUGAAUUUACGUAUUACACUAAAAUACAAUUUUAUUUAAUACUAACUAAACCUAGAUGGAGUUUAUGUGGCAUUGUACAAAAAUCGGAAGACUUAUGUCCCUCAUUGGGGAUGUACUGCAAGCUGCAAAUAAUUUAACAUUGUUUACCCCACGAGAAUUUCAGCUUUCAAAAGCUAUCUAUCUGGCAGAAUUAAAUGCAAAGCUCGAAUCAGCUCCAUGUAGACAGGUCGACGUGCAUGAACUGUUACAAUCAAAGGUUUGGCUGACCCAAGAUAUUCUCCCAUUUGUGGGUGAAUUAACACUAAGUGAUAUGGAAUUGUAUACGAAGAAAUUUUUUUCCCGCAUCCGUUUUAUGUGGUACAUAGAUGCCAGUUUAUACGCAAAGGAUUUUAUGCCCCUAGUGGUUGAUUUUGAAAAGCCAUUUCUCAUUUCCGGAUCAAAGGAACUGCUUUCUAAGGAAAUCGUAAAACAAAGAUUUGUCGAUAUACCUGCUGGUUCUGCAUGGCUUUACUCUCAAAACGGAGUCAACUUUCAUAAAACGUCUUGUGCAAAGGUUUAUCUUUUUCAUAUCUCAAAAAAUGAUUGGGACAACGAUUUAAUCCAAUUAACCAAACUAAUGAUGAAAGCGGAAGCUCUUAACCGACUCAGGACAAAUGAAACACUUGGAUAUCGUGUCUUCACGGAGACCUAUUUCCUCAAUAAAAGAACGUCGUGUGUAUCGAUAGCUGUGGAUUCACUGAAAGAUCCGUAUUUCGUUGCAGAGCGGAUUCAUUCCUUUUUAAGAGAUUUUGCCGAAAGUCUAAAAAAUAUGACGGAAGAGCACUUGUCCACCACGAUUUCGACACACCAGUCCUUAAAUUAUCUUAAAAACGAGACUGGAGCAAAUGAGUUUAUUCAAUUUUACGAGGAGCUUAUCGGACUUCGAGAAGGUCAGACAAGGCGACUUACAAUAAUAACUCCGUCUGUGGAAUACGCAACAAAAGAGUACAGUAAAGCUGACGAGCUGAGCUUGAACUCGACCUACAUCAAAAAUUUUGACGAUUGGAAAAAGACGUUAAAACUCCAGGAAGAGAAGUUUACUUGAAGUUAGUCACGUCAUGCACAUUUAGUUGUUAACCGGAUAAAAUUCAAAUCUGGGUUGUUCAUUAUUUUAAUCGAUCGGCAAUUAACUUUGUAAUUGGUACUACCGAUCAAUAACUUAAUCAAGAAUUUAUGCUGAAUGACUUCUUCAUAUGUAGAUCUCGGUUAAAAGUUGUAUCGACUUUAUCAAACUAUUUAAAAUUUCUCGAAAAUAAAUAUAGGUUAUUUGUGAGCUUU